AAUUCAAAAUGUCAAAACCAAAAAACUGGGAACUAAAUCCGGCAUCAAAAUGUUUAUCAUUCCAGUAAUUAGCCGCGGUAAAUUAAAAAAAGGAAUCACUAUAAAAAAAUUAAAAAGAGAAGCUAAAAUUCAAGUAAAAAACUGAAUCAUGGGUGUCUGUAAAAGAAAGGCACUUGGCACCCGCUUAUAUGCCUGGAAAGGAUGGAACUUUUUUUCCAUCCUUGGAAUUUUUGCUCUUAGUGUCUUAUAUUAUCUAAAUGAGAAAAAAUAAAGAAAAACGAAAUCCAUUAGGCUGAUGAGAGAUGAUAAAUACAUUUUUGCGACUCAAGAUGUCACCAAAAUGCUUCAGAAUAGAACACUUGUACAGAGGCAAAUUAAUUGUGCUUUGGAUCGCGUACCCUGCGAUGCUCUUGGGAAUCAAAUAAAAGGUCUAAUAAUGGAAACUAUUGCCAAUAGUUGUCGACGAUGCAGCCAAAAGCAUGUGAAAAUGUCAAAACAAGUUAUCGAAUUUAUGCAAGACAACUAUCCUAAGGAAUUUAGAGAAAUUAUUCAGCACACAAUUAACAAAUUGAAUCAACAAGGUUGAACUCACUGAAAAUCAAUUAAAUAAUUAAUUAUUUCAAUUGACGACAGUAUUUUAUAUGAAUUAAACAAUAAUAAGAGAUAUAAUACUGUUUUGUAGAAAUAAGUACGGGUUGUCAAACAAUUCGCACAAUGAAU